AUGCCAACCACCUCAGGGCAUAGAUCCACGCUGCCGAUCUGCGGCCCCGAUCGCAAAUACAUCAAGAAAUCCCAGAUCCGAUUCACUCGUCCGGCCCAGAUGAGUUUGCUCGCAAAGAUAACGUGCUAUCCUCCCCUGGGUCAAGUAACCUGUCACCCAAGGACUACAAAGGCGUCAGAAUCCGAUGCGCUCCAUUUCACGGUAGUGCUCGAAUCCAGCACCGCAUUCCCUGUACAACCCUGGGAUGUCCAAAUCUGGCACAACAUCACGAGCCCGGAAUGGAGUGCAACUCCACUGGACAACUGUGGGCCUUCAGUGGCACCACUUAUGAGCGGCAAGGACGAGGAAUAUAAAUACUACCGUCAUGCGUUCUCAGGGAAGGUCGUCGUUCCUUCGAGCCCGGAGAAUGCGCAGUUUACUGUGCGGUAUCGAGUCAACCCUGAGGCUGAGUGGCAGUGGGUGAACCAACAGCAGAAUGCGAGCGAUGGGGUGCUGGUUUUUGCGUCGCAGAGCCCGGAAUUCCACUCUCUUGAGUCAACCGCUUCGGGGUUUAAGAAGUAUUUCGAGGAACUUUCCUCGGAAAUUGAGAUCCAACCGAAGAAGAGCGAAGCUCCCGGGUCCGACUUAUGGCAUCUCGCUGGGGAAAUUGAUUCCGCCCGUGACGGUGCGUCGGAGUACAAAGAACUGGCUCUUGGGGUGCCGGCAUCGGUUGUGCGAUACUUUUCCUUAGUCCGGAUUUGGAGCCCCUGGCUUGGGCCUAGACAUGGGAAGGGAAAGUUCGCGUUAACAGAGGAUGCUGUUGUGUGCUCGUUCCUCAGAACGGAUGGCGUGCAUCUUGUUCUCCUCGGGGUUUCUGGAAUAGACAAUGUCUUGACGGUGUUUGGGUCUAGUGAAAAUGGGGAGUUGGUGGUAAAAGCGCUGAAUGACAACACCAAGAAGUCUAGGUUCCAGGUACUCGCAUCUGCUGCGGAGGACUUUGAAGUUGCUCUGAGUGCUGUCGUCUACGAGGCGCGCAAGCUCUCACGGCCGUAUGCACAACAGGAAGCAACUGAAAAGAUCUCCCCCCCAGUUUCGCCGCCACCAGACGAUACUGUGCUGGUUGAAAAGGAAGUUAAAGCCCAGUGGCUUGCGGAGUGGUAUGACGGCUUAACAUACUGUACUUGGAAUGGGCUAGGUCAGGACUUAACCGAAGAGAAGAUCCUUCGCGGUCUCGAUUCGCUCAAGUCGCACGGAAUCAAGAUCGCUAAUCUGAUCAUCGACGACAACUGGCAGACACUAGAUGAGGCUGAUUCGCAGUUCAGGAGAGGUUGGAAGCAGUUCGAAGGGAAUCCGGAUGCUUUCCCCAAGGGCUUUAAGCAGACCAUAAAGUCUAUCCGUCAGAGUCACCCAAACAUCGAACACAUUGCAGUCUGGCAUGCCAUACUUGGGUACUGGGGAGGGAUCUCAGAGCAAGGAGAGCUUGCUAAGAAGUACAAGACGAAAAGGGUGGAAAUCAAAGAGCCAGCCGUAGGGGGCCCGAUCUCGCACGCCUUCGACAGAGGGUCAGUGCUAGCGAUUGACCCAGAUGAUGUUCAGCGCUUCUACGAUGACUUCUAUCGCUACCUCGCGUCCGUCGGAGUUGAUUCGGUCAAAGCAGACGCCCAGUUUUUCCUGGACCUCAUCAAAGACCCCGAAGAUCGGAGAAGGUUCAUAACGUCCUACCAAGAUGCCUGGUCCAUAUCCACUCUGAGACACUUCAGUACGAGGGCAAUCUCCUGCAUGUCGAUGUUCCCACAAGCCAUCUUCCACUCUCAGCUUCCGACCAACAAACCCGCCAUUCCGCUGCGCAACUCCGACGAUUUCUUCCCUGACAUCGAGGCGUCUCAUCCAUGGCAUAUUUUCUGCAAUGCUCACAAUGCAUUACUAACCCGCUACCUGAACGUUGUGCCAGACUGGGACAUGUUUCAAACAAGCCACCCCUAUGCCGGAUUCCACGCCGCCGCACGAUGCGUCUCCGGAGGUCCGGUAUAUAUCACCGACGAGCCAGGCCAGCAUGACAUCUCAGUCAUCGAGCAAAUGACCGCCCCGACAGUCCAGGGGGCGACAGUGAUCCUUCGACCCAGUCUCGUUGGCCGAACCAUGGACAUCUACCACGACUACAACGAAGGCCAUAUAGUCCGCGUUGGCACCUAUACAGGAUGGGCUGGCACAGGAAGUGGAAUCAUCGGUCUUUUCAACAUCUCAACCACCGACAAAUCCACCAUAAGCCACCUGUUAGAUUUCCCCGGCAUUCACCAAGAUUCCCACAGCGAGUACAUCGUCCGCGCACAUACCACCGGCAAAAUCGCGGAGAACCUGAAAGUCACAGACCCUACCUCGCUUGUCUCGGUCACCCUGCCGCAGAAAGGCUGGGAAAUCCUCACAACAUACCCGACGUAUUCUCACACCCUGAAGUCGAAGCGAGAAACCGGCCCCACGAAAGUCGCGGUGCUCGGUCUGAUGGGCAAGAUGACCGGCGCCGCUGGACUGAGAAGUUCUGACAUCUAUGUCGAAGAUAACGGUCGUCUUAGGAUUGAUCUCAGUCUGAAGGCGCUCGGGACACUGGGGAUCUACUUUUCGGAUCUUCCGGAGUGGGAUAUCGGAGAUAACUUCAUGGUUAUGAUCCUUGGGAAGCCCGUGCCUCGCGGAACGGUGUGGAAGGAGGGAGGGGAUUCGAGUAGGGUUCUGGCGGUUGAUGUCCUGGCCGCGUGGGAGAAGAUGGGGCUGAAGGCUGGGUGGAGCAAUGAGGUUCUGGUGGAGGUUUUUGUGGGCUGA